AUGCAUUCUAUUCCUGGAUUGAAAGGUGUAACACUUACAACAAAAUUAAACGAGCUUUCCAAUAAAAAUGAAGGUCUGAAAAUUCUACGAAAAAUUAAUUCAGUGUUAUUAAGUGAAAACGUUCAUCUUGAAGAUCUUUAUCAAGAUCCGACAAUACUAAGUUGCUUCAAAUAUGCCCCAAUAACUUCGGUUGACGUCAAACGAACUUCUGGGGAUAGAGUCGAAUUAUUGGCCAAUUAUUUUCCUAUAAAUUCACCAAAAAAUUGGUAUUUAUACGAAUAUAAUGUUGACUUCGAGAUUGAUGAGCAUAUUAUGAUUAGUACUAAAACAGAGUUAUUAGAUCAACAUCGAGAAUACCUUGGAGUAUAUUUGUUUGAUGGAACAAUGUUAUUUACUAGUAACAAAUUAGAUUCAAAUACUACUGAAUUCGUGUCUACACGUCGAUCGGAUGGUCAAGUUAUAAUAUUUACAGUGGAAUUCUCAAAUGUAUUAAAAAUCUAUGAUUAUGCCAGUAUUCAAUUUUUAAAUAUGCUCUUGCGUAAAUGUUUAACACAUAUACAAUUUAUACCGAUCGGAAGAAAUUUUUAUGAUUUAGAUGCCAAAAUUGAAAUGGCUCAACAUAAACUUCAACUUUGGCGGGGUUAUGAAGCAACGAUUGAUCGUUAUGAAAGUGGCGUUUUAUUAUGUGCUAAUUUAACUACAAAAUUAAUUCCUCAAGAUACAGUAUUGGACCUUUUUUAUCAGUGUUCUGUCGAUAGAAGCAGAAACAAAAAUUGGGAGAUUAACUUUAAAACUAGCGUUAUUGGUACUACAGUCAUGACCAAAUACAAUUAUAAAACGUACAUAAUUGUUGACAUCGAUGAAAAUGCUAGGCCAAAUUCUGAAUUUACUAAAAACGAUCGAUCUAAAAUAACUUACAAGCAAUAUUACAAAGAAAAGUGGAACAUAACUAUUCUUGAUGAUUAUCAACCAUUAUUGAUUGCAAAAAAUAAAAUAUCCCUACCACAAUUUGGAUUUGAUGAUAACUUGGUGUAUCUUGUACCAGAAUUAUGCGUUAUAGUUGGUAUUACCAAUUCCUUAAGAAAUAAUUUCACACUAAUGAAUGAUAUGAUCCUCCAUACUCGUGUGUAUCCAAAAGAAUGGAUAGAAAGACUUACAAAUUUUUCAGAUCAUUUAUUUUUUAAUUCCAACUCUGAAGCAGAACUGAAAAAAUGGAAUCUGACAUUAAAUAAUAAUCUCAUAAAGGUUCCUGGUCGUGUUUUAUUACCGGAAAAAAUUCUAUCUCGUUGGAUAACAUAUGAUGGCGGUAAAGAAGCUGAUUGGUCAAAACAUUCAACGUCUGUACCAAUGCUCAUCUCUGCGAAUGUAAAAAAUUGGGUAAUUUUAGCAUCUCGGAACUUUUAUCACGAUGUUGAAGAAUUUUCAAAAACGAUUGUACGGGCGGCACAAAAGUUGGAAUUCAUAUUACCUAACCCUGAAAUAAUCCCCAUGAACGAUGAAAGACCAAAUACAUUUAUACAACAUCUCGAUGAUGUAAUUGAUAAAUUGAAUCCGGCAUUGAUUUUAUGUGUUAUUAAAUCGCCAUGCAGUGAUAUUUAUGGAACAAUUAAACGCAAAUUAUGUGUUGACAGAGCUGUACCAUCCCAAGUAGUCACUUUAAGGAAUGUGCAAAACAACGACAUGUUCAUAUGUACAAAAAUUGCAAUUAAAAUUAAUUGUAAACUUGGAGGUAUUCCGUGGCAAGUGCCCAUUCCCAAAUCGGGGAUGAUGAUAGUUGGGUGUAAUAUAUAUGAAGAUACUCAACAGAAAAACAAAUCAUUUGGUGCAUUAAUAUCGACCAUGGAUGACAAUCAUACAAGUUACUUUAAUUAUGUUAAACCUUAUGAAAAUUUAAGGCAACUCUCUAUUCAUUUUUCAAUCGGAAUAACUAAGGCUUUGUGGAGAUAUAAUACUAAAUAUGGAUCAUUACCUACUUCUAUUAUGAUAUAUAGAGAUGGUGUUGAAGAAGGCCAAUCAUUUCAUGUCCGUACGGCAGAAGUUAAACUUUUUCAGGCUACUUUUGAAAGAUUUUAUGGACCAAAUUCUGUCCCAUUUGCGUUUAUUGUGGUUACAAAAAAUAAUGAAUCGAAGUUUUUUGUACCCGGUAGAAGAGGUCCUGAAAAUCCUUUACCCGGGACAAUUAUAGAUAGUGUUGUGACAAACCCAACCAAGUAUGAAUUCUUUUUAGUUUCACAACAAGUAAAACAAGGUACUGUAUCUCCAACACAUUAUGAAGUGAUAGAAGACACACUUAAACUUCCACCUGAUGUAAUACAAAGAUUUACAUUCAAGUUGACUCAUAAUUACUUCAAUUGGUCGGGUACCACACAAACCCCUGCACCUUGUCAAUUGGCUCACAAAUUGGCGCGUCUCACUGGCGAGAGUCUCGGAUGUUCUCCCAACUUUCGUUUACAUGAAUCGUUGUUCUUCCUAUAA